CCCCAAUUAUUUUUUUUUUUUUUUAAUCAAGUGUGAAAGAAAUAAGUAAAACCAAAAAAAAAAAAAAAAAAAAAGUUGAGACAAGCAGCGGCGGCGCCAUGGAUGAAGAGUACGAUGUGAUUGUUCUCGGCACUGGUCUCAAAGAAUGCAUUCUCAGUGGUCUCCUCUCUGUUGAUGGUCUUAAAGUACUACACAUGGACAAAAAUGACUACUAUGGAGGAGAAUCCAGCUCUCUCAAUUUGACUCAGCUAUGGAAGCGCUUAAGGGGAGAUGAUCAACCACCCGAGCAAUUAGGCGCAAGCAGAGAGUACAAUGUUGAUAUGAUUCCAAAGUUCAUGAUGGCAAACGGAACUUUGGUACGUGUGCUCAUUCAUGCAAACGUGACCAAGUACCUCAACUUCAAGGCCGUAGACGGUAGUUUCGUCUACAAUAAAGGAAAGAUCUACAAGGUUCCGGCAACUGAUGUUGAAGCGCUGAAAUCCCCACUAAUGGGGCUAUUCGAAAAGCGCCGUGCUCGAAAAUUCUUCGUCUUUGUUCAAGACUUUGAAGAGAGUGAUCCCAAAACUCACGCCGGCAUGAAUUUGGACACAAUCACCGGAAAAGAACUCAUCGCAAAAUAUGAAUUGGAAGACGACACAGUCGAUUUUAUAGGCCACGCUUUGGCGCUGCAUACCAACGAUAGUUACUUGGACCAGCCAGCUAUCGAUUUUGUGAAGCGAAUGAAGCUCUAUGCGGAAUCGUUAGCAAGGUUUCAAUCGGGAUCUCCGUACAUAUAUCCAUUGUACGGGCUCGGAGAAUUGCCUCAGGCGUUUGCACGACUGAGUGCCGUUUAUGGUGGGACCUACAUGCUAAACAAGCCGGAUUGCAAGGUGGAGUUUGAUGAAAAUGGAAAAGCAAUCGGAGUAACAUCUGAAGGAGAAACUGCUAAAUGCAAGAAAGUUGUAUGCGAUCCGUCGUAUUUACCGGAUAAGGUCCAGCCGGUUGGGAAAGUUGCUCGUGCGAUAUGUAUAAUGAGCCACCCGAUUCCGGACACAAAAGAGUCUCACUCGGCUCAAGUUAUUCUCCCUCAGAAGCAACUUGGUCGUAAAUCGGAUAUGUAUUUGUUCUGCUGCUCUUAUGCACACAAUGUGGCGCCGAGAGGGAAAUAUAUAGCAUUCGUUUUGACUGAAGCUGAGACUGACAAUCCCGAGGUUGAGCUUAAGCCCGGGGUUGACCUUCUUGGACCGGUCGACGAGAUAUUUUACGAAACUUACGAUAGAUUUGUACCCACUAACGAUACUGAUGUUGACCAUUGUUAUAUAUCUACGAGUUAUGACGCAACGACGCACUUUGAGUCCACCGUAACAGAUGUGUUGGCUAUGUACACUAAGAUAACUGGAAAGGUUCUUAAUUUGUCGGUUGAUCUGAGUGAAGCAAGUGCCGGAACAGAACAAUAAGCUCUCCCUCGCAUAGAAUUUCGAAUACCAACUUUUUGAAGCUUUUUUUUUUCCUUCCGUUUCGGUUUCGACUUUUGUAGUUUGUUUUGCUAUUAUAAGAAGAACGUAAUUGUUUUUGAAUUUCAUCUCGUCGGUGGGUGUUUGUUGUUCGGAGAUUUUGUAGAAUGCAUAAUCCCACAACCACCCUUUGCAAGAAAUUUAUCGUAGUUUUCUGAGUUAGUGUAAUGAAAGUACUGAAUUUUUUUUUUCUGCAUUCGAAGAGUGUCGUUUUCUUGUUUA